AAUGUAAUCUGUGGAUAAUAAACAAGGCAAUGGCGACUUUUAGACCGGUGAAAAUGUAUUUUUUCAAACGAUUUUAAUUGUAUGUAAGACCAAUGUAUUUCAUUUAUAAUGUCAAAGCAAGGAAAAAGAAAAAUAACUGUUGAAUUACCGAAAUCAAAAGAUUUAUCCAAUAGACCUAGUGUUUUUGAGCGUCUCGGAACUAAGAAAACUUCAAGUGCAAAAAAAACAAUUGAACAUUGUAGACAGUGGGCACAGCACGGCAGUUGCGCUUACGGUAAAAGUUGUAAAUUUGCAGCUACACAUACUUUAAUUAGUCCUUCUAAACAACGAGCUGCUAAUAAAGAUAGUGAAUCAAAACGUUUAAUUAAAGAUGAUGGAAAAAACAGAUUACAUUCUACUGUGGUUGUGAGAUCGGGCCGUAGCCCUGACGGCGAAAUUGACAAUUGGGAUCAAAAUGACCUAGAAUACGCAGAUACAGACGUUCUUGAGAAAAGAAGGCAACAAUUGCAACGUGAAUUAGAGUUGCAGUUGAAAAUGGACUCUGGAAAAGACAUGCGUAAGAUUAAGAAAAAAACUGUUUCCAGUACUUCUUCGUCGAGAAGUUCUAGUUCUUCGAGUAUGUCUUCGUCAUCUUCAGAUGGUAGUACAUCCUCAUCUUCCUCUGGAAGAGACACAAGAAGGAAGGUUAAAAAAGGAAAAUUAAAAAGGAAUUCUAGUUCAUCCUCAGAUGGUGAUAUUCCUACUAAAAAGAAAUUUGUUAAAGGUGAUUCACUAAAACGAGAUAAAAGCAAUACAAAAAAAAGUAAUGUAAAAAAAGAUGACAGAUUAUUAAAAAAAAAUGAUGUAAAUAAAAAAAAGCCUGUCACUAAGCCAGCUAUUAGUAAAAAGUCCCUGUCACCAGGUAAAAAAUCUGGUGGGACUCCCCCAAUUAGUUCUAAAAGUGUAACUAAACUCUCAACUAAACAUGGAAAAUCUCCACCAAGAAGAGAAAGAAAUAGGAGUGCCUCUCCUCAUUCUGUAAGGGAUAGGGAUAAAGAUCGUGAUCGUGUUAAAGAAAAAGACAGGGAAAAGGAUAGAGAUAAAGAUCGUGAUAAGGAUAGAGAACGUGCUAAAGGUCGCAGUAGAUCUCCUAGGAAAGGAAGAUCUAGGUCUCCAAGACUUAAGGAUCCUAGAAAAAAAGAAAGUUCUGAUAGAAGUAGACCAGUUUCUCCUAAAAAACAAGUUAGGAGAGAUGGUAGUUCAGAGAGGCAUCGAAAGAGAUCAGCAAGUAGAGAUCGAGAUAGAGGACGCGAUCAUAAAGAUAGGUCUUUAGAGAGGAGGAAAGAUAAACAUGAUGAAAAAGAUAGACAUGAUAGAAAGGAAAGAGGUCGUGAGAGAAACAAAGAUAAUAAAAGAGAUGAUAGUAAGCGAAGGGGUCGUGAUCGAGGAUUAGGUAGUAGAGGAGGGUCUGAUAAGGGUUUAGAAAAACCUAAUAAGCCCAUGGAGCGUCUACUGCCUAGACCGGAGGAACGUUUAGCUGCCCUUGCUGCUAUUUCCAACAGAAAUCUUGAAACAGAUAAGAAUUCCACCAAUUCAAAAGAUAGACAAGACACACAUUCCGAUAGAGGUGGACGUAAACUGGACAGACUUGAAAGAGACCGUUCUACUAAAAGAGAUAGAUUGGAUAGUAUGGACAGGGAACAAGGUGAUUAUGAACUUGGUAUGGAUCGUCAAUAUGAUAAUGAACAUAGCAUUGAACAAUAUGAUAGAGUAGAUGAAAGGUAUGAUGGUCCGAGAGAAGAUGAACGAUCACCAGGAUAUAGUAUACAAAACAGGGAUAGGCACUAUGACUCUGGCUAUGAUAUGUCUGGUCCUCCUAGAGGUUAUCCUGAUGAUGACGACCGAAUAUAUGGUGAUCAUAUGGGUGAUCAUAGAGGUGUUGAAAUGGGUUAUGAUGAUCGUCGUCCACAUCGUGAUCACUCAUGGGAGGGUCGAUCAACGUCACUAGAUCGUGAAAGGUAUAUGCAUUCCCAUAAAGAGUGGGACAAUGAGGAUUAUCGCCCUUCUGGAGAAUGGGGGAGAGAACGACAUUGGUCUAUGCAUGAGCAGAUGAACGAGUGGGGUGAUAAAGAUCCAGAGAUGGAAGGCUGGCAUCACAGAGGUCAUCCACCUGGACCCCAUCGUGGAAGAAUACAUGAUGAAUAUGGUGGUCGAAUGCGGAUGGAUCUUAAUAGAGGAGAUGGUAACAAAAGAAGAGUGGCUAGAGUUGAAUCAGACACACCAGCAAAAGAAACUGCAUCGCCUGCUCCCCAGCCUGUUGUAGUCGCACCAGCGCGACAGGAUACUGAAAAUGAUGAUAAACCUAUACCUGAUGAUCUCAGUGAAAUUAGCGACGAUCCAGAUGAUAUACUGGAAAGAGAGGAUAUGGUCGAUCAAAACAUCGACGAUGAUAGUCAAACCGCAGUGCCACCCGAUGAAGCCACGUCCAAACUUGACACCUCGGAGAAAGAAUCUACGCAGGACACAAGUGGGGCCGGAGAAGAAAAAGAGUCGCAAGAUGUUAAAGAUGAAGAUGAUGUUACGAAUAUGGACUUUGAAGAAAUAUCUGAUGGAGAAUUAGAAGAAGAAAGGACUCGAGCUGGUUUAGGGGAUGCUUUGGGAGUAGAUUGGGCAAGUCUUGUUGCCGAUGUACGUCGUCGCGAACAGACAACGCCUUCAGGCGGCGCCCGGGAUCGAUGGAGACCAGAACGAGUUCUUGCGCGGCUUGGGUUAUCUUUACAGAUGGCUGGCAAAGAUACUGUACAAGAUAUAUUAUACAAAAAUGCAGAUACUAUUCAAUCAAAGAAUAAAGUACCAGAUUCUAGUUCUACAGAAAUUUCAGAAAAAAGUCAAGCAGAACAAAAUGGCAAAUGUGAGACAGAGGAUGAACAGAAAUUGGAACCACCAUCAGAUGUCAACACCAUACAUCCAGUUGCUGCUAUUCAGGUUGCUAUCGAGAAAAGAAAAAGACAGCGUGCUGUGUUAUUUGGUUCUGGGUGUGAAAUUACAAGAGGGCUUAGUGCGAGAGGAGAUUUGGCGUUGCGCCGAUAUUUAUGUAAUUUGCCAGCUGCUGAACGUACAGGCCAAUCCCGUGUGACGCCUCAGCCUUCCCUAUUUCAUGCGGCACGGGCUUUGUUAAUGCAGGCACCAGUCUCUGGCUGACGAAGACAUUGAAUCCAGAACAAUACUGGAUCAGAUUGCAGUAGUUCAAGUGCAAUAUAUUGAGAACAAUUUUUAUUAACAUUGUGAUCAAUGAAAACGAGUUAUAAAUUCAUUUAAUAUCAAAACUGAAAUUGUGACAGUGACUAGUUCAAAUUGUGAAAUAUUACUGUGCUUUUGUUGGUACCUAUAUAAUCUGGUAACACUGAACUUCAAUCUAGUGUGAAAUAAUCCUAGGUAUUAUGUAUGUAGUGGUUGUCAUCUGAUGUUAAAUAACAUAAUCUGUAAGUUAUUCAGUCAUUUUUGUUUUCUAUAUAUUUGGUAAAGUUACAAAAAUAAUAAUUUUGUAAUUAUCACAAAUUUAAUUAAAUGCAUUAUUUGAAGA